AUGUCUACCACCAUGCAGUACCGUUUCCUGGGCUCCAGUGGUCUAAAAGUCUCUGAAAUAUGUCUGGGCUCUACCUUCGUAAUGCCAGCAUCUUCGGAUCAAGCUGCAAACAUCAAGAUUGCAAUGACCACAAUGUCUGAAUUCGUCGCAGCCGGAGGUAACUUUAUCGAUACCGCGGAUGCAUACGGUAAUGGUGCCGCAGAGAAGAUGAUUGGAGGCUGGUUGAAAACCCAAAAGCGUGACGACAUCGUGUUAGCCUCAAAAGCAUUUAUGGUUAUGGGCAACGGUGUUAACGACCAGGGACUCUCUCGCAAGCACUUGACCAAAUCCCUUGAAGGAUCUCUCGCUCGUCUCGGCACAGAUUAUAUUGAUUUGUAUCAGUGCCAUUGUUGGGACAAGGGAACUCCCAUUCGAGAGACCCUGCUUACUCUUAAUGAUUUUGUCAGAGCUGGCAAAAUCAGAUACAUUGGUGUAUCCAAUUUCACUGGACAACAACUACAAAAGACUGUUGAUUUGGUUGCUUCCAUGGGACUCGAAAAGGUCGUGUCUAUUCAACAGGAAUAUUCGUUGUUGGAACGUAACUUUGAAUACGACUUGACUGAAUUGUGUGUUGAGGAAGAGGUUUCGUGUAUUGCUUGGUCGCCACUUAAAGCCGGGUGGUUGAGUGGAAAAUACACUCGAGCAAACUCUGGCUAUGCAGCAGGAAGUCGAGCUGAAUCUGCUGCUUCUUACUCUCCUGAAUACGCUGGGUUGGCAAACGAAAAGACCUUUGCUCUCAUGGAUGAAGUGACUGCUAUCGCCAAGGAAGUUGGCAAAUCCGCAACAGCAGUGUCAAUUAGAUGGUUGCUACAAAAGCCAGGUGUUGCAGCUGCCAUUAUCGGUGCACGCAAUCCUGAACAGUUAAAGGGCAAUCUGGAAGCAACAACCUUCCAAUUGACUAAAGCCCAAAUGGAUCGAUUGGACUCCCUGUCGGCUGUGCCCCUUAACUACCCAUGGAGAUUCAUCGAUGACGCCGCACCCAAUAAGACCCGUUCUAGAUUCUAA